GUGUGUGAGAUGGCAACGAAGCACCACCCCAACCUGGUGCGACUGCUGGGUUUCGCCAUUGGGAUUACCGACAGGAAGAAGGUCGAGCAAGUCCUCAUCUACGAGCUCAUGCCCAAUGGGGACCUCUCGCAGUGGAUCGGGAAAGAGGCACUCGCCCCGCUGAGCUUUGAGCAGCGGGUGGGAGUGCUGGUGGGGGCGGCACGCGGCUUUGAGUAUCUCCACAGCUUCGGCAUCGUGCACCGCGACAUCAAGCCCGCCAACAUCCUGCUCGAUCAAAACAUGCAGGCCAAGAUUUCAGACUUUGGGCUUGUGAGGAAGGGCGAGGGCACAACACUGCAGAGUACGCGAGUGGUGGGAACACCGGGCUAUGUGGAUCCCUCCUAUGCUGCAUCCAAUAGGGCCACCACUGCCACUGAUGUCUACAG